AUGGCCGCUGCUCUUUUCUUUUUCUUCUUCCUCCUUCCUCUCCCUUCCUUCUCCAUCACCGACGCCGAAGCUUUACUCAAACUCAAACAAGCCCUCAAUAACCCUCCCGCCCUCUCCUCAUGGGUCCCAAACAAGGACCCUUGCGCCCUCCCCCUCUGGGUUGGCGUCCUCUGCGCUAAGGACACCAUCAACGGCAUCAACCUCGCCAACAUGGGACUCUCCGGCACCAUCGACGUCGACGCCCUCUUGCAAAUCCCCUCCCUCAGGACCAUCAGCUUCAUCAACAACUCAUUAUCCGGCCCCAUUCCCAACCUCAACAGGAUCGGCGCCCUCAAAGCCAUUUACCUCAACACCAACCAAUUCUCCGGUUCCAUUCCGCCUGAUUACUUCGACAAGUUAGCCUCCUUGAAGAAGCUAUGGCUCUCCGACAAUAAAUUCUCCGGUAACAUACCCAUAUCAUUGACCAAGCUUCGCUUCCUUUCGGAGUUGCGCCUCGACAAAAACGACUUCUCAGGGACUCUACCUGACUUCACCCAACCAAUAAGAAUCCUCGACUUUUCCAACAACAAGCUAGAAGGUCCAAUACCACCAUCCAUGGCGGGAUUUGACGCUAGUUCCUUCGCCGGGAAUCCAGCUCUUUGCGGGAAGCCUCUCAAGGAAUGCGGCGGUGGGGACGCCGCUCCUUCUGAGCCGGCGAGCUCUGGGGGCACCGCCGGCGGUGGAUUGAGUUGGUUCUGGAAGAUCCUGUUUAUCAUUCUGCUGGCGGCGAUUCUGGCAGGAGUGUUCGUGUUGGUGAAGAAUCAACGGGACCAAAGCGAUAACUUCAGCGUGAUGAGCAGAGGAAACAGCCAUGUGGACGAGGAGGUGAUGCAGGUGCACGUGGCGAAGAGCGUUAAGGGAUCAGAAGGAGGAAGCGGCACAGGUAUUGGCGGAAAGAGAGGAGGUGGCGGGAGAGGGGGGAUGGGUGACCUCAUAAUGGUGAACGAUGAGAAGGGCGUGUUUGGGCUGACGGACUUGAUGAAGGCGGCAGCGGAGGUGCUGGGGAACGGGGGACUAGGGUCGGCUUACAAGGCGGCGAUGGCGAACGGGAUAUCGGUGGUGGUUAAGAGGAUGAGGGAGAUGAAUAAGGUGAGCAGAGACAUAUUCGACGCGGAGAUGAGACGGUUUGGAAGGAUCAGAAACCGUAACAUCCUGACUCCUCUUGCUUACCAUUAUCGCAAGGAGGAGAAGCUGUUUGUGACGGAGUACAUUCCCAAAGGAAGCUUGCUUUAUGUGCUGCAUGGAGAUAGAGGAUCCAGCCAUGGCGAACUCACCUGGCCAACACGUUUCGCCAUUGUCAAGGGAAUCGCAAAAGGUUUGGCUUUCCUCUACACUGAAUUUUCAACCGAAGAGCUUCCCCAUGGGAACCUCAAAUCCAGCAACAUUCUCCUCACCAACCAGUAUGACCCUCUCCUCAGCGACUAUGGAUUCCAUUCGCUCAUGAAUCCCAACUACGCCAUUCAAACCUUGUUUGCCUACAAAACUCCAGACUACACCGAAUACAAACACGUGUCUCAGAAGACCGAUGUGUACUGCCUUGGCAUCAUCAUUCUCGAGAUCAUAACCGGCAAGUUCCCCUCUCAGUAUCACAGCAAUGGCAAGGGCGGCACCGAUGUUGUGCAGUGGGUGUCCACCGCCAUUUCCGAGAAAAGAGAGGCCGAUUUAAUCGACCCGGACUUGCACCCUAACAGCAGCUCUCUCCCUCAGAUGCUGCACCUCGUCCGCAUUGGAGCUGACUGCACGGAACCCAACCCCCAACGACGUCUUCCCAUGAAGGAAGCCAUUAGGAGGAUAGAGGAACUACAACUUUAA